AUGCAGGGAAAGGGGCGGGACCGUGCGCGCGGUUGGGGGGGGGGUAGGUGCGGUAUAGUGCGGCGCGCAGAAAGAUACCACAGCGGCUGGACGGAAACGCGCCGGAGACACCCGCGAUGCACACAAAAUGCUGCGUCCACGAGCUGUGACAAGCCGCUGGAUAGCUCGCGAGUGCACCUCAUCCGCUUCUCCACACAGCUCCCUGGCACCUGCUUGAGGAUGGCGUUAACCAUCUGCACGCGAUUUACCGACGAAUAUCAGCUGUUCGAGGAGCUGGGGAAGGGCGCCUUCUCCGUGGUCAGGAGGUGUGUGAAGAUCUCCUCUGGACAGGAGUAUGCUGCCAAAAUCAUCAACACCAAGAAGCUUUCUGCUAGAGAUCAUCAAAAGCUGGAGAGGGAGGCGAGGAUUUGUCGUUUACUAAAGCACCCCAACAUCGUAAGACUUCAUGACAGCAUAUCAGAGGAGGGUUUCCACUAUCUGGUGUUUGAUCUGUAA